AUGCCGAAAGCAUCAAAGAGGCAGAAGGAGAAAAAGGCCGACUUUCAGAAGACCAAGCUCAAACUAGGAAAGGGAAAGCAGGCGGCCAACAAUGCUACUGAUGUCUCCUUCAAGGCCAAAACCAUCGCUUUACCACAGCAGUCGAUCAAUGUAGAUAAGUCCGGUAAGCUUGUCAACUCUCGCAAUCUCACAAUAGCCGACCUAGCUCUUCAACUCCGUCACUACUCGGCAGCAGUACGAAGAGAUGCUAUCACAGGGAUCAAAGAGAUCCUCACGCUUCAUCCAAGCCUGCUGAUGACGGAUGCCGCAUCGAUCGUACCCGAACUUUCACGCUGCAUCGGCGAUGAGGAUGCCGCAGUGCGCAAGCAGCUGCAUGCCUUGAUCGCAUGGAUGCUACCCCAAAUUCCGGCUCAACUGCUUGGCACUUUCCAGAACACGCUACUUCUCUUCACAACCUCGGCUCUCAGCCACAUCUAUCCCGAGGUGCGACUUGACGCCGUCAAGAUUCUCGACGUCUGUCUCAAUGUUCUGCCACAUGCUGCAACAACAGGAUGGGAGAAUGCUGUCCACAAGAUGGCCAGCGCUGUAUCCUCAGCUUCGAACAGGAACAGGACGACAUCCUCAGAUACAGUGGGGCCAAGCAGCGCCACGCACCAACCUCACGGUGAACGGAUCAUGAACUGCUAUCUCAACCUUUUGGGUAUCACGCAAAGGUCUAGCUCUGCUGCAUCCAUCACCGCCACCGACCUUGCGUCUGCAUCUAAGCUGCUUAUCAUCAGAUCGCUUCGGACGUUCCUUUCGCAUGCGCUUCGAUCCACGUCGGACGAGGAUUCGGACGCAGAUUUCCAACAUAGCUGCCCGACUUGGUUCUUCCGCUCAGCCUUUGCUUGCCCGGCGGAGUUUGAGUACUUUCAACGGAUCCUCGGUCGUAAAUCAAGCUCGAUCCAAUCGCGCUGCGUUGAAGUGAAACACGCAAAGAAGCACGAGGUGGAUGGCUCAACUGGUGUCCGAGAAUCAUAUUCUGACUGGCCGCCCCUCGCCUCAGCUGCGACAAGUCUCAUGGACCUGGAUUUCACUUUGGGCACUUCUCUGCACCAGUCGGACCUCUUUGACUCUCUGCAUAUGGCAUCUACCCUGGAGCCGUCCCUCUCCACGGCUUCGUCCGUGACGUUGUCCGCUAAACCUACACAAUCCGCUGCCUUGUCGCUGUACACUUUGUUGGAUCCUGCCUUGUUAGCCUCUUUCCUCGAUACCGCCCCAUCGGCGUUCCAGCCUGAUCUGGAUCUAUCGCUGCCUUCGCGCGGCCAGAACGUUGGACUUUCCACUCCGGCACAGCUCAUCUUUGAACUCAUCAGUCUUAUGCGAGCACUGUGGCGAGGCUCAACUGUUGGUUGCACACAAGCAAGAACAGCACUCGCAAACACGCUGGGCCACGUCUCAAUCUACUUUCCAUUCAGCCACCGUACGAGUUCAAGCGGUCUCUCGGCCAGAGCAAAGUCAGCAGUGGUGCAGGUGGACCUCGCCUAUGCUGAGUUGGUAGCUCUGUUGGCCUUGAAUGACGCCAAGCUACAAAAAGUCAAGUCCAAGUUCAAUGUCAAAGUGCAGAUCGCUUCCGUCUCUUCUUUCAUUGGCGAGCUACUCUCGACCCCGGUCACGGAAUCUGGCACCGUUUCGCUCGACACUGUCAGUGCAUCUGCAGCUGGUGUUCUCGACCCAAACACUUUCCGCGCUCUGCUCCCGACUCUGUGGUUCCUGCUGGGCACAGAACACGAGACACUCUUAGACAGCUUGCUGGCCACUUUCCACACUCAUACCAACCAGCAUCGGGUCAAGCCUGUCUUGUUCGAAUUUUUGGCCCGCGCCUUCCUGCUUUCGAAGAUGAGGGCAAGCACACCUUUUACCAACCAAGAAAACGACCGUAUCCUAGAGAGCCUGCUAUCGACACUUCCACGCAGCCUCUGGGAGGCCGCGUCCUCAUCCGCCGGAUUCACAUUCGCCGGUGUGCAGCUCGAGUUUCUGCAUUUCCUCCUCUUGUCAUCCUCGCCACCUGCCAACCUGGCCUACGAUAAACUUGGGCCAUUCUACUUUUUUCGACACCCUACCAAGAAGGUGUCGGGUCCAGGGCCGUUCUCGAGGCUUCCGCAUACACUGCGCAAGCUUGCACUUGACAACAUUGCACUUCUGCAAGGUCGAGAUAGCAAGCUUGACAAAGCCAUGUCACAGGCACUGGAAUUUGCUCAAACCAGCACAUCAGGCUGA